AUGGCGGAAACCGCGAGCAACGCCGACUCGAGCCAACAGAAGCUGGGCGCCCCCAAGGAUAAGAACUGCCCCUACUGCGGCCAGGCCUUCACCUCCUCCUCUCUCGGUCGACACCUCGAUCUCUACAUCAAGGAGAAGAACCCCAAGCCGCCAGAUGGAAUCCACGACGUUGACGCAAUCAAGCGUCUGCGAGGAAGCAUCACGCGGAGACAACCUAGAGGAUCCUUGGGCGGGAGGAACGCCUCAACUCCAGCCACGACCCCAAGACCUGCUGCCAAGAGAGAUGCUGCGCCAGACAGUGGCGAGUCUCACAAGUCCCCGGCUCUGCCAAAGGACGGUCAAUAUGCUGUCGACUCUACACUAAGCAAAUACCCUUGGACUCCCUCGUGGGAAGCCACGGGCGUUAUGAACAAUAUCCCCGCCAAAAACGGCGAAAUCGCUACCUCGACCGAUGGCGAGGGAAGCCAAAAUGCAGGAAAAAGACCGAGACAAGUGAGCAAGCAAGUCAUACAAAAGGCGCAGUUCGACGUCAAGCACAAGCUAGCAGAUGCCAUGGAUACUGCUCGUGCGGCAGAGCUUGCAUUACGAGAGCUCCUAAGCUCGUGGAGGGCAGCCAAGCAACAAAUCGACAACAACUCCAUGCCUUUCGACUUUGACCCUCUAGCCCUCGACUUCCCUGCAUUGACCUUGCAAUGCCUCGCCUCGCCACCAACUCUCUUCUCCUCUACCCAGCACCCCACCUCCACCUCUUGGUCCGUUCAAUCACCCGGUCAAAGAGAGUAUGAUGCUCUCAAGGCUUUCUUCCAAGAAGAAUUCAACAAUUGGAAGAUUACCUGCGCAACUGCUACUACGGCAGCUAUGGAAGAUCUUACGUACCCUCCUCGGGACCAGCCUAUCAGAGACACCCGCGAAGCAGUGAAAAAGGCGGAAAAGUCGGCAGAAAAUCUCGAGAAGCAGGUGAAUGAGCAUCUCGGAUCAGCCUUUCAAGUUUGGUCUUCUCUGCCUAUUCAGCGGCGGAACGAGCUAUGGCUCUUGGAAAUGGCUAGGAGCGUUGGCAGGAAGCAAACUGAGAUUGACAAAAUGAAGGAUGACCAGCACAGGUUACAGCAAGAGAACACGAACUUGAAGUCUCAGAUCGACCAGCUCAACCGUCUCCAACAGCCACGAGAAUUCAAGCUAUUCUCACCGGCCACGGUGCCCCUGGAGCGGCAGCUUCUCACUCACGUUUUGGAGGCGGGUAUCAAGAGUGGUAGCCGCCAUGUUGGACUGCGAUUGGAGGACCGACAAUUGGAUUUAAAUGACGUUGUUGUGCGGGCAAUCGAGAGGUGGAAGACGGUCAUCAGCAUGAAUCGUGUCGCCAACACUGGCAUGAAUGCUCAGAGGGCACUGGACCAAGCAAACAGCAGCACCCCUACACCGACGCCGACUCCUCAACAGCAACAACAACAGAACCAGCAGCAAGGGCAGCAACAGCAACCGCAACAACACCAACAGAUGCAAGCGGCACAACAACAGCAGCAAAUGCAACAACAACAACAGGUGCAACAAUUCCCAAGCCCCGAGCAUCGGCAGUCGACAACGAGCGCCACUGGCCAUAGCGACCCAGGUGAUUCAACAGGUCCGCCUUCGAUUGAUGAGGCAAGCGAUCAAGAUGCCGAUGCGGAUGGGGAUGCCGACGCCGACGCCGAUGCUGAGAUGGAGGAUGAUGACAGUUUUGCCGUAAUGAACACGCCCACCACGAAGCCCAUGCCCCAGCAGCCGAUUCAACGACAAGCCACCCUCGAGGUGCCACGGACGAGGCAGGUACAGCAAAGGGGUGCUAGCGAUGCGCGGUUUAUGAUGCAGAACGGGAAUCCGAACGCGAAUCGGCAAGCAAUCAACAUGAGCCGGUCAAUGCCGAAUAUGCAAGCUACGAUGCAGAGCAUGCAUGGCGGUGAUAUGGGACUGGCCAUGUCACAGGUGAGAGGGGAUCCAAUGUACAUGGAUUGA